AUGUCGCUGGCGGAUUAUCUGGCCAAGAAUUAUCUUUCGGCGGACAAGAAACCCAAGAAGAAAAAGAAGAAGAGCGAGAAAACCGCGAGUCACGCAGAAAGCGCCGUGGUUCUCGAAAAUGAGGACGUGCUUGGCUGGGAAGGCACGCCAGUUGGAGCUUCUUUCGAGCAGGAGGACGACGAUGAAGACCUAGGUCUGCCCCAGACGACUGGGAAAGAGGCCAAAGAACCCAGAUGGAAAAGGCUGGGGGGUAAAUCCGGCGAUUAUACGAGUUUAAGUCAAGCAAAAAUACAGAAGGAACCCGAACUCGAUGUCGGAUCACGGAGGAGUGGAGUUGAACAAGGGCGAGAGGAAGACAGUGAAGACCCAUCGACGAUGAUGUCAAACGGAGCUCGAGCAGGUCUUCAAACAGCAGAACAAGUCAGAGAAGCCAUGGAGAAACGACAACAGGCCGAACUGGCGAGAUUUCUUAACGAUGAUGACGCUCUUUCUCGACAGAAUGCGAAGACAAUAUACCGAGAUGCUUCCGGUCGAGUCAUUGACCUGGCAGCUCAAAAUAAUGAAAAAGCGAAACAAGAAGCACUAGAAAAAGUCAAAAAAGAAGCUCGCCAACGCGAAAGACAGCUUGGAGCAGUACAAAAGUUGAACCAGGAAGCGCAUCGACAGCAGCUGUCUGAGGCCGGUACCUCGUCCAUCAAUAUCCAUGCCGAUGAUAGAGAACUCAACGAGGAACAGAAAUCGCAAUACAGAUUCAACGAUCCUGCCGCAAGGUUCAGUAGGUCAGUGAAACAGCAAAAAGAGCAAUCACACGGUCAAACACGUACCUCUGCCACCGGACUGCCCAACUACAGAGGUCCAUAUAACCCCAACCGAUUCAAUAUCCCGCCCGGUGUGAAAUGGGACGGGGUGGAUCGAUCGAACGGGUUUGAAGCUCUAUAUUUGAAGAAGCAGAACGAACGUAGAGAAAAGAAGGCCCUUUCUUACAGCAUGGCCAUUGAUGAUUAA